AUGCCCUUCUCUCACAGCAUCCCCCCCAAACCCCUGCCCCUGCAGGUCGCCUCUAAGAAUGGAGGCGACAAGCCAAACUACAUCAUCUUCAUGCCCGACCAGUUGAGAUACGACUCCCUCGGCUGCACGACUGGUCCUAAUUCUGGCAUCAAAACACCAAACAUUGACGCCUUUGCUGCCCGAGGAAGUCUCUUUACCAACUGCUUCACUCAAGCCUCGGUAUGCUCGCAGUCGCGAUGCAGCAUGUUUACGGGGACGUAUCCGCACGUCAGUGGACAUCGCAGCCUUGAGAACCUGAUCAAGCCCUGGGAGCCAAACAUUUUCCGAAGUCUCAAGGAGUCGGGUUAUCACGUUGCAUGUCUUGCCCCGCGAGGCGAUACCUUUGCGCCCACGGUCACGGAGCUCAGCGUUACAGAAUAUGGCUUCCUCGAAACGCCAGAGUAUGUGCCUAAGUUUGGAGGAGGCGAGCGCGAAAUCGACGAGAGCAUUUGGGGACGACUGUUUUAUCGAGGUCUGAGAGACGCGGACAAGGCUAUGGAUUACGAUGAGGCUGUCGUGAGAUCAGCUUUGACUUGGUUGGACUGCCCUCCGACCGACAAGCCUUGGGUUCUUUUCAUGCCUCUGAUCUUCCCUCAUUGCCCUUUCCAGGUUGAGGAGCCAUUUUUUUCUAUGUAUGACCGAGAGAAGAUUACUGGCAUUGAAGCCACACCGGACAAGAAGACGGGCUACGAGCCACGGUACAUGAAGUCCAUCAGAGAGCGAUAUGGUACACACCGCGCAACGGAUGAGAUUUGGAAAGAGAUCAAGGGUACCUAUUACGGUAUGAUUUCUCGACUUGAUGAUCAGUUUGGUCGUGUCAUGAAGCGCGUGGAUGAGUUGGGAAUCUGGAAGGAUACCGUCACCAUGUUCUUUACUGAUCAUGGAGAAUAUCUCGGCGAUCAUGGCCUCAUCGAGAAGUGGCCUUCUGGUCUUUCUGAGACUCUGGUUCAUGAGCCGCUCAUUGUCGGAGGUGCAGGAUUACCAGAGGGAAAAAAGAUCAACGCCAUGACAGAAAUGGUUGAUCUUGUCCCAACCAUGUUGGAAAUUUCGGGGAUUGGCGAGUCGUUCUCCCACAACGGACUGUCCUGGAUUCCUCUGCUCUGCGGUGAUUCUACAACACAUAAGCAAUAUGCUUUUUCUGAAGGUGGCUUCCUGACGUCGGAAGAGCCCAUACUCGAGCAGGCGCCCUACCCAUACGAUUUGAAAGCUGGUCUACAGCACGAAGAUACAACCCUAGUUGGAAAAGCCAUCUCCUUGAGAGACGAGACUUGGACCUUUGUGUAUAGAUUGUAUGAGCCGUCAGAGCUCUAUCAUCGACAAAACGACCCUCACGAGCUACACAAUCUAGCCGAAGAUCCAGACCACAAGGAGUUGGCAGACAAGUUUGAGAAGGCUACUCUGAAGUGGCUUUUGCAAGGAGCCGAUGUGAUGCCUUGGACAGCGGAUCCGAGAUUCCCGGAAGUCAAGUUGAAGAGUCCGCGAGAGCAGAUGCAAGAGCGGUUGAAGCAGGUUCGAAGUGACUGA